GCAAGACAGUGACUGAGGUGGUGCAGCGAGCCAUGAACUCCCAGGAUCUCCCCGCCAAAGAUGCCCCACUUACUGUCAAUGAGCAGCCAUUCACUGUCUGACUGCAGAAGUCUUUUUUCAGCCAUUUAAAUCCUGCACUUUGAAAUUCCCUGCCAAAGACAACCAGGUCAUUGUGAUGUCUGGCCAUGAAACUAUUCGUGUGCUAGAGGUAGAGGUUGAUGCAUCUCUGCCAUCAUCAACGCCUGAUGGGAAGAGUGAAGUCAAAGCUGAUGAGGGAGCAGCUCUGCGUGCAGAGCAACCUGAGGCUGGCAGCACACAGGACGGCCCUGCUGCGCCACAGAGCACUGGGGGAGCAGUGCUGGGCGAGCAGCAGGUGGUGUCUGUUGAGGCUCCUGCCCCUGCUGUCCAAACACUGACUCCUGCUGUGCCUGUCAGUUUGUCCCUGUCGCAGCCACAGGCCGCCAUGCCCAUCACUGUACAAGGCUGUCCACAGGUGCUGACACAGGAAAGUUUGGCCACUUUGAUGACUGGUAUGAUGGCUCAGACGGGAUCUCUGGGGCAGCCGCUGCUCAUCCCCCUCAGUAUGGCGGGCUCCAUCGGUGGGCAGGGGGGUCUGGCCGUUCUCACUUUACCUACAACCAACGUAGCUACUCUCCCUGGGCUCACAGCAGCUAACACGGCCGGAAACCUCCUAAAACUGCCCUUUGCUGGCCUCCAAGCUGCAACGGUCCUGAACUCCGUACAGCCCCAACUGCAGACAAACACACAGACGAUGUUCCAGCCCCAAACAGCCUCCAUACAGCCGGUGCAGGUGACGUCUCAGCCAACACAGGUGACCAACGCACAGGUUACCACCGCUCAGGUGGCAGCAGCUCAGGCGACCACGGCCGCCACCACUGCCUCCCAGUCCAACAUAUCUUUAGCAGCACUUCAGACUGCAGGACUCUCCAUCAAUCCUGCAAUCAUAAAUGCUGCUUCCUUGGGAGCUCAGCCCCAGUUCCUCAGCUCCCUCACCUCCACUCCCAUUAUCACCAGUGCCAUGUCCAACAUGGCCGGCAUCACCAGCCAGAUCAUCACAAAUGCCCAGGGACAGGUCAUUGGGACCCUCCCGCUGUUGUUGAACCCAGCCUCUCUGGCUGGAGGAGCUGCGACACCCACCCUCCCCCUCCAGGGUCUCCAGGGUCUCCAAGGUCUCCAGGGUCUCCAGGUCCAGACCGUCACUCCGCAGCUGCUUCUCAACACACAGGGCCAGAUCAUCGCCACGGUCGGGAACGGAUCUGCAGUUGCAACUUCGGCUGCAGUUCUGCCCAAAGCUGCGGCUCCUCCAACACUUACCAAACCUAUCACACAGGCUUCGGUAACAACUGUCAGUCAGUCACCAAUUGUCAUCGCCCCGCAGCCGUCUGUGCUGAAGACUGCCACCACGCUGUCCUCCACCGUGCCCAUCACCUGUGGAGACAUAGCAAAAGUGGGCCAGCUUGUCAGCAAACCGCAGCAGGUAGUCAGCAGCGAGGAAGGCAUUAAUCUGGAAGAGAUCCGAGAGUUCGCCAAGAAUUUCAAGAUCCGUCGGCUGUCCUUGGGGCUUACUCAGACACAAGUAGGCCAGGCUCUGACGGCAACCGAGGGUCCGGCCUACAGCCAGUCUGCCAUUUGCAGGUUUGAAAAGCUGGACAUCACGCCCAAGAGCGCUCAGAAGCUGAAGCCGGUGUUGGAGAAGUGGCUGGCUGAAGCCGAGCACUGGAACCAGAAGGGCCAGCAGAAUCUGAUGGAGUUUGUCGGCGGUGAACCGUCCAAAAAACGCAAACGGCGCACUAGUUUUACACCGCAGGCCAUAGAAGUUCUUAACUCCUACUUUGAGAAGAACGCGUUGCCAACCGGCCAAGAGAUUACAGAGAUUGCCAGAGAGCUGAACUAUGACCGCGAGGUCGUGCGGGUGUGGUUCUGCAACCGGCGACAGACGCUGAAAAACACAAGCAAGAUCAACGUCUUCCAGGUUCAGUAGCGACCUCAUUCUGGGAGGAUUUGCCACUGAUUUUUUGUUGUUUCUGGAAGUUGAACAUUUAAUACAGCAGCACAGUUGUGGAUUGUGUUGUAAAUACAAGCCAAACUCAAUUCCAGAGAGGAAGUUACACACCACAGAGAACUGCAAAAUGAGUUGUUAGUGUAUUUUAAGGCUGUAUAUGUUUACACAACUCCUGUGCUGCGGUAAAAAUCAAACUGCAUGGUCCUUUUAUCAUAUACAGUGAUGAUAAUACAGUGAUACAAACAUGCCAUAUUUAAAAACAUUUGAACUUUUAUACAAGUGGUUUUAUAGGCUAUCCCUCUGAAUUCUAUUAAAGGAACAGUGUGUAAAUAAUAGAGGGAUUCAGCUGCGUAUGGCAGUGGGGAUUGUAGAUUGUAAUCACAUGAAACUUAAAUUUAGGAUUCAUUAUUCAGGAUGGGUUUUUUUUUUGUUUUUUUUUUUUUUUUGCUGAGUUAUCCCCAGAGGUCUAAAAUGAG